UUGUUUUCCACAGAAAGUUACGGUUCAAACCCAGAGACCUAUGCACAUUGCACACCCUCUAACCGCAGAGUUGCAAAACCCAAUCCCCAUCCCCAACCCUCGAUCAAUCCUCCCAUGGUUUCUCCCGUAACCACCUUUCAAAUCGAGGCAGGGCCUCCACCACUGGAGCUUUCAAAUAUAGAGAAGCAGUCGCCUUCUGCGGCGGAUGUAGCUUCGAGGCUACUGGAGUCCGCCGAGAACACCAAUAAUGGAUGCGCUAUGACGGGCUCUGCGGAGCAGCAAACGCUCUCUGCGGCAUCUGCCGCUACUCCUAAGUGGCCAGGGUGGCCAGGGGAUAACGUAUUCCGGCUGGUAGUGCCGGUUCUGAAGGUGGGCAGCAUAAUUGGGCGCAAGGGCGAGUUCGUGAAGAAGAUGUGCGAAGAAAGCCGAGCUCGCAUUCGAAUCCUAGAAGCCCCUGUUGGAAAUCCAGAUCGGAUAGUCCUAAUUACUGGAAGAGAAGACCCAGAUGUGCCCCUAUCCCCUGCAAUGGAUGGAACACUAAGAGUUUUCAGACGCAUUUCGGGAUUGUGUUCUGCAGAAGAAGGUGGUGCAGAUUCAGCUGCUGCCAUGGCUGCAUUCUGCUCUAUUAAGUUAUUGGUGGCUGCUUCACAAGCUGCUCACUUGAUAGGGAAGCAAGGGUCUACAAUUAAAUCAAUUCAAGAAAGUUCUGGUGCAUCAGUGCGGGUUUUAACUGAAGAUGAGUUGCCCGCAUUUGCCACUUCUGAUGAGAGAGUAGUUGAGAUUCACGGUGAGGCUGUGAAGGUCCUUAAAGCUUUGGAGGCAGUAUUAGGACAGUUGAGGAAAUUUUUGGUCGAUCACACCGUUCUACCUAUAUUUGAGAAGGGUUACGAUUCAACUGUUCCUCAAGAGCGCGCUCCCGAACCCUGGAAUGAGAAGCCUCGGGCCCAACAACUGCCUGGUUCUGUUCCUGCACUAACAACUCAAUCUUUUUCUGAGUUUUCUUUCCCCAUGAAACGGGAUCCUUAUUUACUUGAUCAUGAGACCUCAUUGGACACCAAGCUUCAACGCUCUUCAGUCUCACUCUUUGGACAAGAUCCUGCCCUCCAUGGCUUACACUCCUCUGUACCUUUACGGACUGCUCCAAUAGUUACUCAGAUGACAAAGAUAAUGCAAGUGCCACUAUCAUAUGCUGAGGACAUUAUUGGUAUUAGCGGAACAAAUAUUGCCCACAUCCGCCGUACGAGCGGGGCAAUUCUUAGCAUUCAAGAGAGCAGAGGCUUACCUGAUGAAAUUACUAUUGAAAUUAAAGGGACCUCAUCACAAGUUCAAACAGCUGAGCAGCUUAUUCAGGAUUUCAUUAAUAAACACAAUGAACCAGCAUCGAGCAUGUAUGGCAAGACAGAUUCUGGACUUGGGUCAUUCUCACGUUUUCGUGAGUAUUCGUCGUCAUCAUAUCAACCUCAGCAGCCCUUAGGAGGUGGAGGCGGGGGCGGGUAUGAAUCCUCCAGUCUAGGUGGCUAUGGGGGUUAUAGGUUUUGAGCGGUUUGACUCACCCAGCAUUUGACUAAGUUCAAUGUUUGGCUGUAUGUAUACUUACUAUAAAUGCUUCCAAUGGGGUUAUGUGAUGUUGGAGUAUUUGAAUUCCAAAAAACUAGAAUUUAAGGCAGAGAUUAGAAUGAGGAUUCGUGAUAUUUGUUUUCUCAUUUUCUUUAUUUUAUUUUAAAUGUUAUUUUAUUUUCUGUAUGGACGCCAUGUGUUGUAUGUUUUUAGCAAUAUUACUAGAACUUUUGCUUUUGUUUACUGAAUCUGAGCCGUUGAACUUCUAAGUAGGGUUGGUCAAAUUAGCUGGCUUCAAUUUAGCCAGUAAACUGGUACCAAAAUGGCAUUUUGGUUUGGCUUGGCUUGGCUUGGUUUGAUUUGAUUUGAUUUGAUUUGAUUUGGUUUGGUUUGGUUUGGUUUGGUUUGGUUUGGUUUGGUUUGGUUUGGUUUGGUUUGGUUUUGAGCAUGAAUCCAUCUGCUGUAUUAGUUAGUCUUAAUGACCAAAUAUAGGAGCGUACGAAGCCAUUUUUUUUUUGUUUUCCUCUUCCUAAUUAACCCCCUCCCAACCCCAACCCCCCAAACCACCCCAAAUGGCCCAAAAUACCCAGCCCAACCCGAAAAGUUAAAAAAAAUUGAAAAAAAAAAUUAUUUUUUGGCCCGAACCGGGCCCGGCCGGGUCGGGCCUUGUUUUGGGUGACCCGAGCCCGGACUGGAAAACCCACGGGCUGGGCCUACCCGGACUGGUCACUGACCGGGCCACCGGGUCGGGCCGGGCCGGAACAGUGCCGGUCCCGGGCCAGUUCCGGGUCGGGCCACCUGGCCCGAGUCCAUCCCUA